AUAAAAUCCUACCCUCCCACAACAGCAGCAACCAGAUCCAACAAAGACCAAAACAAGCCCCAGCAAACCAUCGUUGAAUCCGAGUUUGCUUCGAGAGUUCCAUUAGCCAAUCCGCCGAGAUGGGUUCGCAGGCGAUCGAGAAGAACCGGGAGGGCGCGGAGGUGUACCACGGCGCGGCGCUGUGCGCGGAGAAGGCGGUGGAGCUGCUGGCGGAGACCAACAUGCCGCUGGGCCUGCUCCCGCUCGCCGACAUCGAGGAGGUGGGCUACAACCGCGCCACCGGCUUCGUGUGGCUGCGCCAGAAGAAGGCGCUCACGCACACCUUCAAGCAGAUCGGCCGCCAGGUCUCCUAUGCGGCGGAGGUGACGGCCGUCGUCGAGGACAGGAAGAUGAAGCGCAUGACGGGGGUCAAAAGCAAGGAGAUGCUCAUCUGGGUCACGCUCUGUGACAUGUACAUCGACAAGGACGACCCUACCAAGAUCACCUUCAAGACCCCCACGGGACUCGGCAGGACCUUCCCCGUCUCAGCAUUCGGGAAGGAUGACGACGGCAAGGCCAAGGCGCCCGCAGCCGCUGCAGCGGCUGACGCCGAGGCCGCCGUGGCAAAGUAAUAAGGAGGCGAUCGGCAUACGAAGUUUCGAGAGUUCUCAAGCUGGAGUAUUACUUUGCUAUGAUCUGUUUUUAAUAAACAAAUUAUUACGUAUAAGGAUGUAAAAGCAACUCCAGCAAAAAUGCUAAAUUUGAAAUUGUAAAUCCGCGAAUACAGUUUACAGAAAACGCGAAUACAGGCUCAAUCGGAUGCAGCGGAGAUCAGAAACCAUACUUGGAAUUGAGAAAUUCAAAAAACUAAAUCGCAUGAAUUUUUAUAAUGA